UUGCACCCGGACGUACAGGGAAGAUUCCCGUAAAACAUCACACGGCAAGCCAGCAACAGUACGGGAAGACAAAAGAUGAAAUCGACACAGGUCAUGCGAUAUGCCGUUCGCCUAAACUGUGCACAGGUCAACGAAGUGGCGAGCAAGUCUACGGAUCGGUAUACCACCAGAUCAGCCGCUUUGCUCGCGGCACUUGGCAUUGGGCUGUCUUCGUUUAGUAUGAAACAAAUGCUAAGCAAACAAACUAAAAGAAAGCUGUAAAGCUGAAGAAAGAUGUAAGCUAUUUUGCCAUACUGUAAAACUUUCUUCGUUCACUCCGAUCCUUCCACGAAAGUGGUAACAAAUUUUAAGUAAUGCUGCGUACCGCUGCACUACACGAUACGAUGGAUAUAAUAAGCAUGUAGCUGACUCAACGAUGACUACAAACUGUUCCGGUGUUUUACUCAACUUCAAAUUGCAAAAGCACCUUAAGCUGGCAACAAAAAGAUACAACAUUCAAAAAGGUCAUCCUAAACUAUUCGAACUAUUUUGGCGCAUCCCCAAAUGGCAAUGGCUCUGUUAAUAGGGCACGCGACCAGCACGACUCCAAAAUAAUAUUGAAGAAAAUAGGUUCAAGACCGUCCGCUUCGUUAACCUAACAUUUGCCGGUUAGUAACGUACGGUUAAACAUUUGAAUAAUGUUUUCAACAAAAACCAUAGUCAUUAAAUUGCUUUGCAAGAAACUAUACGCUCGUAAUGCGUUUGACUCGAUGGAGACUUUAUAAUUUAAAUACAGUCGUUAGGAGUGCUACUCCAUACCGUAACAUCACGGAAUGCGACAUUACGAAUGGUUUACUCAUGUGAAAUGAUGCAAGUUGAACCUAGGCAUCGUAGUUAUAAUUAUGACUCGCCAGCAAAGGUUUUCCUUCCUUAAAAACGGCAAACAAAAGAAUGGCUUAGGUAGAUAAUUUGAUGAUGGAACCAGUAAAGACUGCAAUGCAAAGAAAGGAUUUAAACGCAUAUACAUUUACACAUAUCCAGUAAUACGCGGGAAUUGACGAUUGCCAGACCAGGAAUAAUGGAAUUCGGUAUGAUUACCCACAAACAGAAUUCAAAUGAAUUCUUGGUAGCAAAGCUAAACCCCAAAGCUGUUUUGGAGUACAAGUAUAAGUAUCGUGCAUGAUGGAGGGUAUUCAGUUUAACUGAAAUGCGAAGAAAACAGAAUCCUAAGAUAUGUGGCUACAUUUCACAGGUUUGAUUUUCAAACACAUUUAAGAUAGGCCGGAUUCGGUGUGAUAGCUAGAAAGAUAAAUAAACAAAUUGAUAUCAUUGCUUAA